CAUGAGGGCCAACAAUUCUUACCCAACUGUGUCCAAGUUAAUUUAUUUUAUCUAUUUUAUGGUGUAGUAGCCGACACUCUACAGCUUUCUUUUUCACCUUCUUCUCCACCACAUUCUUCCCUCUCCUCUGUUCUUCCACCUUCUUCAGUCUUUGGCUUUCUGACUGAAACAAUUUUUCUUAAAUAUAUAUAUUUUUUUGUAGUCACUCAGUUAUUGUUUUGGAUCACAGAAAGAGGGAGACGGAGAUGGAGAUUACCUAUAAACAUUUCAUCCACAGGCAUGACUUGAAACGCUACGGCUUCAAUUCAUCCAUAUGGGAGGUUUGCAAAGGGUGCGGGGAGGCUAUCUUCGGUAAUUGUUAUGGUUGCGAAAGAUGCAAGUAUUGGGUCUGCAGAUCAUGUUAUAAAUUGCCGCCAGAGAUACGACACCCCUUUCACAAGGAACAUCCACUCACUCUACUCUUUGAAUCAUCUUAUGAAAGAGGUGCUCCUCGCUGCAAUGCGUGCUCCGAGAAGUGUCAGGGCUUCAUUUACAACUGUUUUGAAUGUAAAUUUGAGCUGGACGUUAAAUGCGCUACGCUCAUUCCCACUACCAAAAAUCACUCGGAGGAUGAGCAGCGGAUGUUCUCUCACCCCCAUCCAUUGAUUCCUUGCAAUAGGGAUAAUAAGGAUGUUGGUUUUUCAUGCUCCAUGUGCCACCUACCCAUACCCAUCAAGGCCAUCAUCUAUGUUUGUUUAGAUUGCCCCGUUAUCAUGGAUGAAUCAUGUGCCCAACUCAUACAGCAGAUCACACAUGACUUUCACCCUCAUCCUCUCGCUCUCCAGAAUUUUCGUUCUUUUUUCAUGCAUUUCUGCAACGCCUGUGGGGAUUUUAAGAAUGGUUUCCACUACAGAUGUUCUGAAUGUAAUUUUAAUCUGGACGUAAGGUGCGCUUCUCUGAAACCCAAAGCCAUUGAAAACCAGCUCACAUUCACCCACCGUCAUGAUCUGCUUCCCUGUGAUUGUGAUACCAAAGGGAAUUUUAGUUUUCUCUGUGCUGCUUGUGCUAUAUCCAUCGAGGAUGGUACAGUCUAUGUUUGUCUUGAAUGCCAGCUUUUCCUACACAAAUCAUGCGCUGAAUUGCCACCAUUUAUCAAACACCCCUUUCAUUCUCCACACCGUCUUCAGCUCCAGGAUAAAAAAUAUAGUGACCGUUCCUCAUCAUGCGCGGCAUGUAAAUGUUCUGUUUUAGGCUUCAAGUACUGGUGUGCCGAGUGUCACUUUGCAAUAGAUGUUGCAUGUGCUUCGCUAAGCUACUCCACUUUCAAAUUUGAUCAACUUCACCACCAUCCUCUUACUUUCUUCAGCCAUAACUGGAUUAGCGAAAAUGAGUGCAUUUGUGGACGUAGCCUAGGUUUGCCUUUUUUCCGUUGUGUGCCAUGCGAUUUCACUCUCAACUUGUGCUGUCUUCCCAAAUUACCACAUACAAUUAAACAUAGCUGUCAUGACAGACAUUCACUCACCCUCACUCGCUCUCCCGUCAUUGACAAUUCAGAUGACGAUGAAGACUCGGAAUAUUAUUGUGACAUUUGUGAGAAACGGAGAGGAUACCAUCAUCCAACUUAUUACUGUGAGGAAUGUCACUAUGUUGCUCAUCUUAGUUGCGUGUAUGAUGAGAUUCAUCCUUCACUGGAAAGAGAGUGGUCCUUGGCAGAAGACGAAGAGAUUAUAAUGCUUCAAGCAGAGGUGGAUGUACUGACUGCAACAUUAGAGACACUAAAAACAAAAUUGGAUGAACUUAAGGGGAAAUGUGCGCAACAUAUUAGUGACUACCAAGUUGGGAUAGUGGAAAUGGAGAUUAAAAAGGCAUUUUUAAGUGCCACAAUAGAUGAUCCUGCCAUUGCUAAAGUAGAUGAAGAAAUUAUAAUGCUUCAAGCAGAGGUAGAUCCACUGACAGCAAAAUUAGAGACACUAGCAGCAAAAUUGAAGACAUUAACAACAAAAUUGGAUGAACUUAAAGAGAUACGUAAACAACAUAUUAAAAACUAUCAAGUUGGGGUACUGGAAGUAGAGAUUAAAAAAACAUCAACAUCAACAUCAACAUCUGCAAUUGCUAAAGCAGAUGAAGAGAUUAUAAUGCUUCAAGCGGAUGUAGAUGCACUGAAAGCAACGGUAACAACAAAAGUGGAUCACCUAAAAACGAGACGUGAGCUGCAUAUUGGUAUACCUUCAUUUGGCACAAAGUUAUCUUUGGACGUUCUUGACGACUGUGAUGAGGUGGCUGAAGAAGAGGUUGAAGAAGACUCCAGCGUGAAAAGUGAUGAGGUUGAAGAAGACUCCAGUGUGGAAAGUGAAGAAGAUCAGGAGAGUGAUGGUACAUUCACCAUCUCUGCUGAGCAAGAUAAAGCAAUAGAGGCACUCAAGAAAAAACGUGCAGAGCUAGAUAAAGAAAAAGAGGCACUCAAUAAAAAACUUGCACAACUAAAUAAAGAAAAAAAGGCACUCAAUAAAAAAGGUGAACAGCUGGAUAAAGAAAUAGAUAAAGAAAAAGAGGCACUCAAUAAAAAACGUGCACGCUUUAUCUCAAGGUUUGUGCGCAAAUGAGGGUUUCAGCAUUGAGUCACUGUGCUAAGGUCUCUCUGGUGUGAUGUUAGAAAUGGGUAGUUAGCUUAUGGGUACUUUAACAAAUCACCCUUGUGGACCCAUAACACCAUCUUGACUUGGGCAUUUUCACUUUGUUUGAAUAACACCAUAUGAUUAAAAUAUUUGUAUCUUUUCCUAUUUGUUUUGAGUUUGUGAUAUUCAUAUGAAGAAGAUGCAUUUGUCAAAGGCUUAAAGCUAAAAACUUUGUUCUGUUAAUCACAAGCGUGAUUGUGUAUGCAUCUGCAUGUGUAUUUUUCUUAUUAAGGGACUUUUGUAAUUAAUUGCAUAGAUUAACUGCUUUUGCA